AUGAAGCAUGAUCUCCCAGUCGAUCUUGCCAUUCUAUGGCGGGAUAGUCCAGGAUAUGAAUCGGCACGCAGCAGAGCUUUCAAUCAGCGAGUCCCGCCGAAAUUGCCUCAUGCGAUUGUGAGGCCAAAGAAUGUGGAGCAAAUCCAGCAUGCGGUGCAGCUCGCCAUUGACCUUGGCAAGCAAAUCCGCAUUCGAUCUGGAGGCCAUAGCCUAGCGGGCUGGACGUUGUGCGCGGAUUGUAUUCUCAUCGAUUUGGUCGACUUCAGGCAUCUGGAGUACGAUGCCACGACCGCCAUUGCCAGUGCCUCUCCCAGUACCACGAGCGCCCAGCUGAACGACCUGCUGGUCGCUCAUGGGCGCUUUACGCCCGUCGGCCACUGUGGAGAUGUUGGACUGGGUGGGUUCUUUCUCCAAGGGGGGAUGGGAUUUAAUUGUCGGAGCUAUGGAUGGGCAUGCGAGUACCUGGUCGGCAUUGAUUUGAUCACAGCCGACGGCGAAUACAAGCAUUCUAGCGAAAAUGAAAAUGUGGACCUAUUCUGGGCAGCUCGCGGCGCUGGUCCAGAAUUCCCCGCAAUUGUGACCCGGUUUUUUAUUCAGACGCGACCAGCAGCUGCAGAACAUGAGAAGAGCACCUUCAUCUGGCCCGCAGCCUGUUCGGACACGGUGGUGUCGUGGAUUUUAAACAUCCUACCCAAACUUCACGCCGACAUUGAACCACUCGUGGUCAGUACCAUCGUCCCUGGACCCAACGUCGCUGCCAUUCUGGUGCAGUUUCUGGUCUUUUUGGGCACCAAUGAAACCGGCGCAGAAAAGCUGGAGCCCUCUCUGACGGCCAUGCCAGAUGGGACCCUCAUGGAGUUCAAGAGCGAACCCACCAGCAUUCAACAGGAAUAUGCGUCCCAGGAGUGCACCAUGCCUCGGGAUUCUCGCUACAUCUGUGACAGUGUGUGGUUCAAAGAUGGGAUUGACUUUGUCGCUGUCACCCGACGAAUGUUCCGUGAAUUUCCUCGCGAUCGAUCAAUGGUCUACUGGGAGCCUCUAUAUCCAACAAGUCGGAGAAAGUUACCAGACAUGGCCUUUAGCCUCCAGGCAGAUCAAUACCUCGCCCUGUACGCGAUCUUCGAAGACUCCCGACAAGAUGAAGAACAGGGUAAUCGUAUCCAAGAGUUUAUUCAAGAGAUUAAGCCCUAUGUUCUAGGAACCUUCGCUGCUGACGGGGUGCCUGAGGUGCGCAAAACUCAGUACUGGUCGGCGGAGGUCACCGAGAGACUGUACUCGGUGUGCCAGAAAUGGGAUCCUGCUCACCGACUCGGAUGCACUCUGCUGGACCCAAUGCGGAAAAUGAAAUUAUAG